AUGCCCCCGGAAGAUAUGGCCCAGCCGGAUUUUGCCUACAGACCAUCAGCCAUGUCCAACGGACCGUGGAACUCGACGCGGAGUUCAAUGUACAACGAUACAUUCCCGCCUGCCGGAGGAUUCGAUACCAACUACUACCGUUCAUCGAGCGUGUCCACAUACUCCCCAGGAGCUAGUAACUACAACCUGCCGAUCGGGACCAAUCCUCAUGCUGUUGCCGCCGCCGCCCCGGCGUACGGAUCGCGACCAGCUUCUGGUACGUACGGCACCAGUGGUGCCGCCGGCUAUGGGUCGUACAAGAGUACGAAUUCCCAGUCAUGGGACCAACAGGAAAGAUACUCCCCAACGGACUCGGUCGACGAUAUUAUUGCAUCUCCGAACCUGUCUGAUUAUUCCCUCGAGAACGGGGCCAGCGCCACCCCUCCGAGUAAAAGCAAGGUGAAUGGCAAGGGCCGGCCACAACGACGACCUUCUAACCGCGACGAAUUCGACGGUCCGCAUCAGUUUCUCGCUCGCCCGCCGCCAGAGUACAUCGCUAUGCAAGAACGCGAACUGCCUCAUCUCCCCACCAAUCUCCACGUCCAAGAGCAGGACUUGGUCCUCACCCAGGUCAACGACAGGCUCUCGCAGUGUGCAUACGAUUUUGUGGCGAAGUACCAGUUCCCUAUUCCUUUGACACAAGACAUGCGACCUGUUGAGCGACCCCAGGACCGGGAAUGGACAGAAUGGGUCUACCUCUUGAAGCGUCUAGCAACGAAGCGCCGCAUCCCAGCGCGGGUACUCUACAAUGGCCAAAUUAAGCAGUUCGUCACGAUCCUGGAGAACUCACUGGAAAUGCGGCAUGCGGCCAAGCACCAGAGUCGCCCAUUAAAGGACGAUCGCAAUAUUUUACAGCUCAUUUCGGCGGGCAUACAGGUGGCCAAGAUCCUCAAGGACGCUAGCGCCAUGGACUACCUCGACCGACUAUACGUUUCUACGGAGAAGCAGAUUCAAGAUCGCGCUGCACAGCGGUUUAGAAGCUAG